AUGACAGAGGAGUUUGACGAGGACAGUGGAGAUUAUCCCCUCACCAUGCCGGGGCCAAUCUGGAAAAAGUUCCGCUACAACUUCUGUGAGUUCAUCAGCGUUCUGAUCCGCCAGUGUCAGUACAGCAUCAUCUACGACGAGUACAUGAUGGACACGGUCAUCUCCCUGCUCACGGGUCUGUCCGACUCUCAGGUCCGAGCCUUCAGACACACCUCCACACUGGCAGCGAUGAAGCUAAUGACAGCCCUGGUGAACGUGGCUCUGAACCUCAGCAUCCACCAGGACAACACCCAGAGACAGUACGAGGCUGAGAGGAACAAAAUCAUCGGCAAACGAGCCAAUGAAAAGCUGGAACUGCUGCUGCAGAAGAGGAAAGAGCUUCAAGAAAACCAAGAUGAAAUAGAAAACAUGAUGAACUCCAUCUUUAAAGGAAUCUUUGUCCACCGUUACAGGGAUGCAAUUGCCGAGAUCAGAGCCAUCUGUAUCGAGGAGAUCGGUGUUUGGAUGAAGAUGUACAGCGAUGCCUUUCUCAAUGACAGUUACCUGAAGUAUGUGGGCUGGACGCUACAUGAUAGGCAAGGAGAGGUGCGUCUCAAAUGUCUGAAGGCUCUGCAGAACCUGUACACGAACAGAGAACUGUUUCCUAAGCUGGAACUGUUUACCAACCGCUUCAAGGACCGUAUAGUUUCCAUGACGCUGGAUAAGGAAUAUGAUGUUGCUGUGGAGGCCAUCAGACUGGUCACACUCAUCCUGCAGGGCAGUGAAGACGCCUUGUCCAACGAGGACUGUGAGAAUGUCUACCACCUGGUCUACUCUGCCCAUCGGCCAGUGGCUGUCGCGGCUGGAGAAUUCCUACACAGGAAGUUGUUCAGUCGUCAUGAUCCUCAGGCUGAAGAAGCUUUGGCGAAACGCAGAGGGAGAAGCAGUCCCAACGGGAACCUCAUCCGUAUGCUGGUGCUGUUCUUCUUAGAGAGCGAGCUCCAUGAACAUGCAGCCUACCUGGUGGACUCUCUGUGGGAAAGUUCUCAGGAGCUGCUGAAGGACUGGGAGUGUAUGACGGAACUGCUGUUGGAGGAGGCAGUACAGGGAGAGGAGGUGUUGUCAGACCGUCAGGAGAGCGCGCUGAUUGAACUGACAGUGUGCACCAUCCGGCAGGCAGCAGAAGCGCAUCCACCUGUUGGCAGAGGCACUGGUAAAAGGGUUUUGACAGCCAAGGAAAGAAAGACCCAGAUAGAUGAUAAGAACAGACUGACGGAGCACUUCAUCAUGGCUCUGCCCAUGCUGUUGUCCAAGUACCAGGCCGACUCAGAGAAGGUUGCCAACCUGCUGCAGAUCCCACAGUUCUUCGACCUGGACGUGUACAGCGCCGGGCGCAUGGAGAAGCACCUGGACGCUCUGCUGAAGCAGAUCCGUCUGGUGGUGGAGAAGCACAUAGAGAUGGACGUGCUGGAGGCCUGCAGCAAGACCUACAGCAUCCUCUGCUCCGAGGAGUACACCAUCAUGAACCGCGUGGACAUCGCUCGCUCGCAGCUCAUCGACGAGAUGACCGAUCGCUUCUCGCACUCUGUGGAGGACCUGCUGCAGGAGGCUGAGGAGGCAGACGACGAUGACAUCUACAACGUCUUAUCGACUCUGAAGAGACUCACAGCUUUUCACAAUGCUCACGACCUGACGCGGUGGGAUUUAUUUGGCAACUGUUACCGGCUGCUGAAGGCAGGGAUCGAGCAGGGCUCCAUGCCAGAGCAGAUCGCCGUCCAGGCCCUUCAGUGCUCCCACUACUCCAUCCUGUGGCAGCUGGUGAAGAUCACAGAGGGAGCUCCCAGCAAGGACGACUACGAUGCGUUGAGGAGAGUGGUGAAGUCUUUUCUAGCCGUGUGCCAGCAGUGCCUGUCCAACGUCAACACACCAGUCAAAGAACAGGCGUUCAUGCUGCUCUGUGACCUGCUGAUGAUCUUCAGCCACCAGCUGACUUCUGGAGGCAGAGAAGGUCUCCAGCCGCUCGUCUUCAACCCAGACGGCACUCUGCAGAAUGAGCUGCUCAACUUUGUCCUGGACCAUGUUUUUAUUGACCAGGACGAUGAGAGCCAAAGCAUGGAGGGAGACGAGGAGGACGAGGCCAAUAAGAUUGAAGCGCUUCACAAGAGGAGAAACCUGCUGGCAGCUUUCUGUAAACUCAUCAUCUAUGACAUUGUGGACAUGCCCGCUGCUGCGGACAUCUUCAAACACUACAUGAAGUAUUAUAAUGAUUAUGGUGACAUCAUCAAGGAGACGCUAAGCAAGACCAGACAAACGGACAAGAUUCUCUGUGCUAAGACACUCAUCCUCAGUCUGCAGCAGCUGUUCAAUGAGCUGCUGCAGGAUCAGGGUCCAAACCUGGACCGAACGUCGUCUCACGUCAGCGGGAUCAAAGAGUUAGCUCGUCGUUUUGCCCUCACCUUUGGACUGGAUCAAAUCAAGACCAGAGAGGCCGUGGCAACACUGCACAAAGAUGGUAUCGAGUUUGCCUUCAAGUACCAGAAUCCUCGAGGUCCAGAAUUUCCUCCCAUCAACCUGGCCUUCCUGGAGGUCCUGAGUGAAUUCUCAUCCAAACUAAUUCGCCAGGACAAAAAGACAGUCCACUCGUAUCUGGAGAAGUUCAUGUCGGAGUCCAUGUCCGAGCGUCGGGAGGACGUGUGGCUUCCACUGAUCUCCUACAGGAACAGUCUUCUGACAGGAGGAGACGAAGACCACAUGUCUGUCACGUCAGGUUCGAGCAGCAAGACAGGCUCGGUACGCAGCAAGAAGGGACGGCCGCCGCUACACAAGAAACGUAUUGAGGAGGAGAGUAGUGUGGAGGGAUCAUGGCUAAUGCGUAAUGACACCUUACAAACACCAGGGGCACUGCAAACACCCCAGCUCACCUCCACGGUCCUCAGAGAGAACAGACCGGCAGAACACAUGCCAGACCCAGACUCCGAACCUGGAUCAGAGAGCGACUAUGUACACAAUCCUCAGAUGCAGAUGUCGUGGCUCGGUCAGCAGAAGAUGGAGGAGGUGAACAGGAAGGACCGGACGGGGAUGAACUACAUAAAGUCACGCAGCAAUCAGGGCGUCCGACAGACUGUGCGCGGGUUAAUGGAGGACGAUGCAGAGCCAAUCUUCGAGGAUGUGAUGAUGUCAUCACGGGGUCAACUUGAGGAUAUGAAUGAGGAGUUUGAAGACACGAUGGUGAUCGAUCUGCCGCCAUCCAGAAACAGACGGGAAAGAGCGGAAUUAAGACCGGACUUCUUCGACUCUGCAGCAAUGAUUGAGGACGAGUCGGGUUUCAUGCCCAUGUUCUGAUCCAGUAGAAGAAUCCAGAAUCCACAUCAAGGGUAAACCGAAGAGGCGUGGGGUAGAUGUCUGAUCUCCAAGAUCUCCUGCCAGCCAAUCUCUUAAGAAGAAGAAGAAGAAGAAGUAGAAGAAACACAUUUGUUGAAGUACUUUUUCUCAUUCUAAGACACAAAGGAAGGAUUUGGAUUCACUGAGAAAUCUGACACGGCUGGAUCCCACUUUUUGGAUGUGCUGAGGCAUCAGCGUCAGCUCUGUUUCUUCAGAGGAUUCAGAACCUAAUCCAGAUCCUUCACACUGUCCUGCUCCUUUUAUUCUUCCCGGAGAUUGCUCUUCACUUUAGCUGUUCUUCGCAGUAGCUCUGGCGGUGCUCUGGCUCAACCUGCAGCCAGCCAAUGAGUUCUGGGCAGUUUUUAAUGGUUCUCUGUUAAACAGAUGUACAGAUGUUUGAUCGUUUUCCUCUCACGUUCAGCGGCACAGGGCAACAUGAGACACACGCACACUCACUCACACAUCCCCAAAACUCUUUUCUCUUGGUGUCUGAGUUGGAUCGGUCUGCAGUAAAUCCAACACGAAGAGACUUUUGGCACUAAAUGUUCUGUAUCUUUGCUCUAACUAUCACCCACCGACCCUUUAGCCCUCCGUCCCUGUUUGCCCUGUAAGUCUUUGUGCGUGGUGCUGGUGGUGCUGCGUGUACAGUGUUGAUGGUGGUUGAGUAGCUGCGCACAUACACACACACGCGCAUGCGCGGUGGCAUAAGUAUCCUCUUGGGUUGUCAUAGCAUCAGAACAACACUGGCGCCCACAUUCCUGACCUGACCUCAGGCCCCGCCCCCCUCCAGUCUCAGAAGCGUUGUGCACAAACAUUUGCUCACACAAACACACACACACAAACAUUCUGAAAACGGCUUUUUGAAUUAAAAAAAAAGUUUUAAAGACAAUACACAUAUUUUGAAUCCUGUAGUUUUAGUACAAAAGUUUUAAAUCAAGUGUGUUUUUGUUUUUGUCCGAUGUUUGUACAGCUUUUUUCUUCUAUAUGUAUCUCGUUCGUUGCCAAAUUGUGGCCUACAUAUCUACAGUAUAUUCCAGUCCCUGCCGCCCCCCCCCCCGACCCUUGCUCAGAGUGUUCGGUUCAGUGUUACAGCUGUUUGGUUUGUUCACGUCUUGGUUGGUUGUUUUUUUUCCUCCACCUGCCAACAGUGUUUGACUGGUUCAGAGUUUGGGUUUGUCAUCUUCAGUGCAGUGAUAGAUCUUUGUGUCUGACGCCUUUGUUUGAAUGUGUUUUUAAUGUUUCCAGCCACACUUUACACCAGUCACGUACUUUUCUCCAGGUUCUCCUGCUCCUCAGUCGUCCUGUGAGUAUCAGAGACAGUCGGAGUCUUUUCUGCAGUGCAGUCCAAAAUGCUCUAAAAGCCAAUUUUUUUUUUCUGUGAACCUAAUUUCUUUUAUUAAUAAAACAAAUCUGUAUUCGAUUUAA